ACUUUAUCGCCCUCCAAAUUCUGGAGUGUCCAGUUCAUAUACAAGUGACAGGGGUUAGCCGUUCUUGAAUGUUUAGUUAACUAUCAGUAAUUAUUGACUUAUUAAAAAGAUGGAAGAUUCCUGUGUGUGGGAGGAGCUCUCAGGCAUUCCAGCUGAUCCUCCAGAAAUGAGAGACAGAUGUUCCCAAUGCAGGAGGCCAGUAGGAGUCUGCUGGUGUCCAGGCCUUCCAAACCCUCGCCUUCAUGCAGAAUCAAGGAUAAUCAUCCUUCAGCAUCCUGCAGAGGUCAAACGGUGCCUCCGCACCGCCCCAAUGCUCUCGCUGUGCCUGGAGCCAGGCAAAUGUCUCACAUUCAGGGGGAAAAAAUUCCCAGGAACGAGACACGAGGGGCUGAUGGAAAUUUUCAAUGACAAGAACACUAUUUUACUCUAUCCAACGGCUGAUGCUGUUGAUAUAGUCGAGUUACCGAAGGUUGGAAUUGAUGGACAGGAGCCUUAUAACCUGGUCUUGCUGGAUGGUACCUGGCCGCAGGCAAAAGCAAUGUAUCAUUGCAGUCCUGCGUUACAUGGCUUGAAAGCUUGUAAACUGGUGGGAGUUCCCGCCAGCGAGUACGUGAUAAGGACUCAACCUACUGAGGGAUGUCUAUCAACACUGGAGAGUGGAGCUCUCUCGCUCACGAUUCUAGAGAGAAAGGAAUGGCUGAAAGAUGCCAUGUGUGGACCUCUACGAUAUCUUUGCAAAUUUCAAUUGGACAACGGUGCCGUCACCCACCAGAGCAAAGAGUAUCUCAUAAAACAAAAGACUUAUCCUAAAUUAAUAGGAAAACGACUAGCCAAACAAUUACGAAUGAAUCCACAAUUACCUUCGUAAAAACAAUAUUUUAAUAAUCUGACCUUCACAUACUUCAUGUAGAUUGUCGUUCCAACAUUUUUUAUCUGGUUAUAAAAGACAGCGAAAUUCAUUCCAACAUAAUAACGAAUUGAAUUUGUAACCUAAUGGAAUUACUGGAGUUCCACAUUAAAAUUAAGCAGAAAAUUUCUCUCC